AUGUCACUAGGACGCUCUUUUAAAUUGAACUCAGGCUACAACAUCCCCGCCGUGGGCCUAGGCACUUGGCUCUCCAAGCCUAACGAGGUUGAAAACGCUGUCGAAGUGGCCCUUCGCAAGGGUUACCGCCACAUUGAUGCAGCUGCGUGCUACCAGAAUGAGAAUGAAGUUGGCAAUGGUUGGAAGAAGUCGGGAGUCCCGCGAGAAGAGAUCUUUAUCACCAGCAAGUUGUGGAACACUCACCACCACCCCGACCACGUUGAGGAGGCCCUCAACAAGACUCUGAAAGACCUGCAGACCGAUUAUCUGGAUCUCUACCUGAUCCACUGGCCCGUCGCCUUCGAACACACCAACGAGACCCUCACGCCGACUGACCCGGUGACGAAGCGGUUCCGCAUAGCCGAUGUCCCGGUCGCCGAUACCUGGGCCGCCCUGGAGAAGUUCGUGGCGACCGGCAAGAUCCGCAGCAUUGGCAUCAGCAAUUUCACGAUCGGGGCGACCCAGGACCUGCUCAAGACGGCGAAAAUUCCACCCGCGGCGAAUCAGAUCGAGGCGCACCCUUACCUGCUUCAGCCAGGCCUGUUCUCUUUCUUGAAAGACAACAAUAUCCUACCUGUGGCGUACAGCCCGCUUGGCAACAACAUCUACAACUUGCCACGCGUUGUCGACGACCCGACGGUGGUGGAAAUCGCAAAGAAGCUGAACAAGGACCCCGCCAUCCUGCUGAUCUCGUGGGCCGUCCAGCGAGGCUCCGCGGUGCUGCCGAAAAGUGUCACUCCUUCGCGCAUCGAGAGCAACUUCCAAGAUUUUGUCAUUCCCGACGCGGAGUUCGCAGCUCUGAACCAGCUGGACCGCAACGAGCGAUAUAACUAUCCAUUCCGCUGGGGCAUUGAUGUCUUUGGGGAACUCGGUGCCGCGGAAGCUGAGCAACGAGCUGAGGCGCAUGCAGCCAAGUUGAGGGAGAGCUCUUGA